UAAACAAACACACACUGGGCAUGCGUCAUUGGAAUAAUGGAGGACUGUCUUUUCCACCCGGACUGAUGAUGUCUGUAUUUCUACUCUACUACCUGUGAUCUGAGAAAAAAAACAACUCGUCUGCAAUUCAGCGAGUAGUUGAGGUCAAAGUAACAAACCCAAGAUGACUACAGACACGCCAGCCCAAGGCGCAGGCUCCAGAAUAAUGACGUUCCAGCCCUCCAAAGAGGAGUUCAAGGACUUCAGCCGGUACAUCGCCUAUAUGGAGUCACAAGGAGCACACAAAGCUGGAAUGGCAAAAGUCAUUCCACCCAAAAGCUGGAAACCUAGACGGACAUACGAUGACAUCGACGACCUGGUGAUUCCUGCUCCCAUUCAGCAGGUGGUGACGGGCCAGUCGGGACUGUUCACACAGUACAACAUCCAGAAGAAGCCGAUGACGGUCCACGAGUUCCGCAAGACCUCCAACCUGGAUAAGUUCUGCAAUCCCCGAUACGUGGAUUUUAGCGAGUUGGAGAGGAAGUUUUGGAAGAACCUGACCUUCAACCACCCCCUUUAUGGGGCUGAUGUCAGCGGAACGCUGUAUGAUCCGGACGUGGCUGAAUGGAACAUCGGCCGCCUCAACACCAUUCUGGACACUGUGGAGAACGAGAGCGGGAUCAAGAUCAAAGGAGUCAACACGCCGUACCUUUACUUUGGGAUGUGGAAGAGCGCCUUCGCGUGGCACACGGAGGACAUGGAUCUGUACAGCAUCAACUACCUGCACUUUGGAGAGCCAAAGUCCUGGUAUGUUGUUCCACCGGAGCAUGGGAAAAGACUGGAACGACUUGCUAAGGGUUUCUUUCCAGGGAAUGCUCAGAGCUGCGAAGCCUUCUUGCGCCACAAGAUGACUUUAAUUUCCCCCUCCAUCCUGAAGAAAUAUGGCAUACCAUUUGAGAAGGUCACGCAGGAGGCCGGCCAGUUCAUUGUGACGUUCCCGUUUGGUUAUCACGCAGGUUUCAACCAUGGCUUCAACUGUGCCGAGUCCACCAACUUUGCCACCCAGCGAUGGAUUGAUUACGGCAAACAGGCGACACUGUGUUCGUGCCGGCAGGACAUGGUGAAGAUCUCCAUGGAUGUCUUUGUACGCAAAUUUCAGCCCGACCGUUACAAACUGUGGAAGGCGGGGAAAGACAACGCUCCCAUCGACCACUCCAAACCCACACCAGAGGCUGCUGUGUUCCUGAAAGAAGACAAGAGCGAGCCUUCAAAAGAGACUCCCAGUGAAGCCGGAUCUGAGGAGCCCGCUACCCCCGUCCAGGAGGACAAAAGUCCGAAGCCUCAGACUGGGACAAAGCGUCAGCUGGAAGCUGUCCAAGCCUCUGAAGACAUCAAACCUGAGCUGACCGUGAAGGAGACUGAGGAGGUGGAGCCAAAGAAGGCCAAGCUGUCACGCAAGGACUCUCCAACUAAAGUCCCCGUCAAGCCAGAUAAAGACACAGUAAAAGUCAAGACGGAGCCUAAGAAGGAGAAAGAGACCAAGCCUCAGACUAAAUCCCAGUCCAAAGCCAGCGCGAAGAAAACCUCACACAGACAAAGCGCGUCCAAAAAAGAGAAGAACGGCGUGUCGGCUGCAGACGUCUGUCCGCCCGAGCCCGUGGCUGUGUCCUCUGAGGAGGGAGCUCAGCUGGACAGCGGCUGCAGCCCGGCACACAAAGUGUUCCAGAGGACGCUGAGCCCCGCAGACGUCCUGCACGUUCACAGCUACGCCAAAGGAGACUACGGAGAGGGAGAAGCCCCGCCUAAGGAGGAGAAGAAAAGUGAGGGCAGUGACACGGAGACGGAGAAAGACAGCAGACAUGUUAGCAAAGCACAUUUGGCAGAAGAGCUGGCUGCAGAUGGAGAGCUGGAGAGCGAUCUAGGGCAGCUGCCAGGCCACCAUCCGCUCAUAAAGGACGGCAUGAGUGAUGAAGAGGCUCCAGAGGAGGCCCCCCCAGUAGAGGAGGGCGGCCUGGAAGGAGAGAGCUGGGCUAAACCUCUGGCCCACCUGUGGCAGAACAGACCUCCCAACCUGAAGAAAGAGAGAGAGUACAACCAGCUCAUGGAAUCCAAACCUCCGUACUGCUCCAUCUGCAGGCUGUUCCACACCUACCAGCAGACCGAGUGCGGGAACAGCGGAGACAAGCCUGUCAUGGUGGCUGGCGGGCGGAUGCGGACCAAACCUCUGAUCCCAGAGAUGUGUUUCACCACCACCACGGAGGAGGACUCCGAGUGCGAGGAGCAGCCCGUCACGCCUCAUCUGGAGGAAGAUGGAACCAGCCUCCUCAUCAGCUGCUCUCAGUGCAGCAUCCGGGUUCACACCAGCUGUUACGGUGUGGACCCAGCCAGUGUGAGCAAAGAGUGGAAAUGUGCGCGCUGCAAAGCCAACGCCAUGACUGAGAAUUGCUGUUUGUGUUCGCUGAGAGGGGGAGCCUUGCAGAAAGCUAACAACAACAAGUGGGUGCAUGUGCUGUGUGCAGUGGCUGUGCUGGAGGCUCGCUUUGUCAACAUCACUGAAAGAAGUCCUGUGGAUCUAAGUGGAAUCCCUUUGCAAAGAUUUAAACUGAAAUGUUACUAUUGUAAGAAGCGGAUGAAGAAGGCGUCUGGCUGCUGCGUGCAGUGCUCUCAUGGCCGCUGUCCCACUGCCUACCACCCCACCUGUGCCCAGGCUGCUGGAGUACUCAUGCAGCCGGAUCAGUGGCCCUUUGUGGUCCAUGUUACCUGCUGUCGACACAAAGGCCCCACUCAGAUUGAGCGCAAUAAAGCAGCCAUGCAGGAGCUGACUGUGGGACAGAAGGUGAUAUGCAAGCACAAGAAUGGCCGCUACUACCAGUGUGACGUGGUGCAGCUGUCUAAAGAGACGUUCUACGAAGUCAACUUUGAUGACGGUUCCUUCAGCGACAAUCUCUUCCCCGAAGACAUCGUGAGCCGAGACUGUGCUCAGCUCGGACCCCCACCCCCGGGUGAAGUGGUUCAGGUGCGGUGGACAGACGGCCUGGUGUACGGGGCCAAAUUUGUGGCAGCGCAUGCCAUCCACAUGUACCUGGUGGAGUUCGAGGAUGGGUCACAGCUAACAGCCAAGAGAGAUGAUGUCUACUCUCUGGAUGAGGAACUCCCCAAAAGAGUCAAAUCCAGACUGUCCAAAGCGUCGGACAUGAGAUUCGACGGCAUCUUUGAAGAGAAGGAGAUCAUCCAGGAGUCCAAAAGACAGAGGGUGAUCAACUCACGUUACAGGGGGGACUACAUAGAGCCUGUGAUUUACAGAGCCAUCAUGGAGUAACACCCACCCACCCCACCA